AAUUCCGGAAGUAUUUCCUGCCUGAGCUGCGUCUGCUGACUCUGGACUGGGAGGAAAUCAAACACCUGUGCCCCUACCUGUCGAGCGAGGAGGUGGCGUGCCUGGCCACCCUCCACUUUGCCCUGAGCGACGACGAGCAGAUGAAAAUUCUUCCGACCUUGUGUCCUAUCAGAGUGAAGCGGGGAAGUAGCAAGAAGACCCUGAUUUUGGUGCCCAGGAGGAAGAUUGUGGACCUGAGAAGGCUCUUUCUGAACGAAAAGCUCGUGAGAGACUUUGAGGUAGGCCAGAACGUGUUCACCCUGACGCUGUGUCCGAUAAGGAGCAUCGCAGUUUCUGCUUUUGAACUGAUCUGCCCGCUGAGUUGGAAGUACGAUGACUACCACAACCAAAACUGGCUUGACAGGUUGAACAAGGCCGGGAGCUUCAAAACCAACACUUUCCUGCACAUUUUGUCCACGGUCACCUCUGCAAAGCAGAAAAGCUCAAGCAAAGAGGUGCAACUGCCGGAAGAGCUGCCGAUGAACGAGUGCAGCCGCGUCGACCACUUCGCCUUGGUGCCUGCUGGCGGAACUUUGAUCCUGACUGCCACCCUGAACCAGGCGUGCGUCCUCAGGGACGUGCACCUGCAGCAAGAGGACCUCAACAGCUGCAACGAGCCGAGAAUCGUCGAAACCUUCGGCAGAAUUGCUGCGACUGUUACAAACAACAGAAAUUACCACCAUCAGGAGUUGAACGAUUUGUGCAUUUUCAGGAAGAUCUACUUUGCUGAGGUGUGAUGCAAUGUCAGGACACACUCUAGCCUCUUUUUGUUUUAAUUGAGAAGUCAAUCUAAUUAUUCUGAAUUUCAUUUUGUAACCUUUAACUUGCUGACACUGAAAUUCGGUUCGGAAGCUGAUUAUUAUUGAUAUGACGUGUGAAAAUAAUUAAUUGUUGUGAACCAAUCAUGGAGAGCCACGAGAUCUCCACCAACCAAUCAGAGAUAAGAGUGUUUCUAGAAGAAUUUUUGAGUUGAGAGUGUCUACUUUUUUGUUUCUCUGCCUUGAUUAAAAUAAAAUAAUGAAAUGUCUAAUUUUUUGCCCUCGUGCUUAUAACUGGAUAUGAGUAUAAAGUUACUCUCUUUAAUGCGAUACGAGAUUAAAGCACACGUGAUUUAAUCUAAAUUAGUUAUUGUUUGUAAACCACAAAGAUAUUGCAGCUGCCAGCUACUGUAAUUUUAUAGACCAUGUUUUUUUGUAUCUUAAAGGUCCAUCAUUUACUAAAUGAUUCACUUGGUUGGA